AUGGACUACUUCGCCGACAUCAUCGAUCGCGCUCUCGAGAAGGAGUUCAACGAAAGCGACCAGAACGAAGUGGCCGAUCCUGGAAGCUUCAACAACAGUGUAGCUGGACAGCAGGCUGUUCUGGAAACUGUAGCCAGAGUAAAGACAACAAAGAAAAAUGAGACAAAAGAGGACAAGCUCAUAUCAGACCUGGUGGUUGUCAUUGUAUCUGCUACUUGCGGUGGUAUCGCCUUUGCUUGUGCUGGACAACCGGUGAUAACUGGAUAUUUGCUCGCAGGAUCUAUCAUCGGGCCUGGGGGAUUGAACUUCAUCAGUGAGAUGGUCCAGGUUGAAACAGUCGCCCAGUUUGGUGUGGUAUUUCUGCUCUUUGCAUUGGGUCUAGAGUUCUCCACUGCUAAGCUUCGAGUUGUUCGAUCAGUUGCUGUUCUGGGAGGCCUCCUUCAAAUUCUUCUUUUCAUGUUCUUGUGCGGAAUCACAGUGUCGUUAUGUGGUGGUAAACAUUCAGAGGGGGUAUUUGUAGGAGCAUUUUUGUCCAUGUCAUCAACGGCGGUGGUGCUGAAGUUUCUCAUGGAAAAAAACUCAACUAAUUCUCUUCAUGGCCAAGUUACGAUUGGAAUCCUUAUUCUUCAGGAUUGUGCUGUGGGUUUGCUGUUUGCUUUGCUUCCAGUUCUUGGGGGAAAUUCUGGCAUUGUUGAGGGAGUGUUGUCGAUGGCAAAAGUGGCGCUUCUGUUGCUUUCGUUUUUGGCUGUUUUGACGAUAUUAUCACGGACAUGUAUUCCUUGGUUACUGAAGCUAAUGGUCAGCUUAUCCUCACAGACAAAUGAACUCUAUCAGCUAGCCGCUGUUGCCUUUUGUCUACUUGUAGCCUGGUGUAGUGAUAAGCUGGGGUUAAGUCUUGAACUGGGUUCUUUUGCCGCCGGGGUCAUGAUAUCAACUACAGAUCUCGCUGAACAUACAUUGGAGCAAAUCGAACCCAUCCGUAAUCUAUUUGCUGCUCUUUUCCUAGCCAGUAUUGGGAUGUUGGUUAAUGUCCAUUUUCUGUGGACCCAUGUGGAUAUACUGUUAGCCUCUGUGAUAUUGGUAAUUAUCAUAAAGACAACUAUAAUCACAACAGUUGUCAAGGGAUUUGGAUACAACAACAAGACAGCUCUCCUGGUUGGAAUAUCUCUGGCUCAGAUAGGGGAGUUUGCCUUUGUACUACUUAGCCGUGCCUCCAAUCUUCACCUGAUUGAGGGGAAACUCUACUUGCUUCUCCUCGGGACAACCGCUCUAAGCCUGGUUACAACACCUCUGGUUUUCAAACUGAUACCAGCGGUUGUGCAUCUUGGAGUACUGUUAAGGUGGUUUUCUCCAGACAGUUCUACCGAGAUGGGUGUGAAAGGAGAAAUUGUUAAAUCAGAAAGUGGUAAACAACGGAUGGUUCUAAUGUCACGCCAGUCCCACAAAUCCUAAAACCACAAUGUUUCGUCUCAGUUGAAGUUUUGUUACACACACCAAUUUUGACCCCCAAAAAAUGCAAAACUCUUUAUGUGGAGGAGAAGAAGAAAAAGAUUUUAACCCUAACAAUGUUUGCGUCCUGUGGAAUUCACUAACCCCUGUCCUUUUCACACAACUCAUUUGUUUUUCCCUUGUAAUUAGUAUUGUUUCUUUUUCACUUUCCUUCAUUGUGUAAUCUGUAAUAAUUAUUAAAAAAAAAAAAUCAAAGCAAUCUUUCUAUCAGGAUCCAAGAAAUUGGAAAUUUUCUGUUGUAAUCAUAUAUUUUCCAAUCUCUUUAUCGUUUCUCUAAAGUCAAA